CCUGUGUUCCAUGUCACAAAGCCCAGAGAUCUUUUCCUUUCUAUUUAAGAUGGAAAAGGUGAUAUGACUAAAUGAUGGUGCCACCAUUCUGAAGCAGAUGCAAGAAUUACAUCCAGCAGCAAAAAUGCAGGCUGAUUAUAACACCAUUUCUGAGGUGGAUGAACAUGUAACCUAUGAGGACAUUGCGAAUUUUUCUGAUAUUUACCACUCUAAUGAAGAGUAUUUCAGGAAACUAGAAAAGCUGAAGGCUGCCCAUGUAGAAACUAUGGCAAAAUUAGAAAAAAUGUACCAAGAUAAAUUAAAUUUAAGGGAAGUUCAGCCAAUGAUAAUUAGAGAAGAUUCUCUCUCUUCUAGUUCUGUGUCAGAAAAGAACUCCUGUCACCCUAUGCUAUUAGUGAAAUCGCCUUCGGAGUCUGAGUUGGGUCGGUCUUCCUCUUUGUAUACAUCUUUGUCUGAAGAAGAGCUGCCCAUGCUAGAAAGAGAGUGUCUCAGGAAAAACAGAAUGAUGACUUACGCUAAGGAGCUUAUCAACAACAUGUGGACCAACUUUAGUGUGAAAGAUUAUAUUCAGUGUGAAGAUGAUGACUUUCAAGCACUUGAAAAACCAAAGAAGAAACCAAAAGCAUGGGCGCCCACAAUAACAGUACCUGUGCCUUUUCAAAUGACCAUUAGAGAGCAGAAGAAAAGAGAAGAGGCCAUGAAAGCUAGAUCAGAUUCUGAUACAGCCCAGAAACUACUCAGGGAACAAGAAGAAGACUUAGAGUGUAAGAAGAAAUUCCGAGCCAACCCUGUUCCUGCUUGUGUCCUCGUUCCCCUGUAUCAAGAUAUAAUCAGGCAAAACGAAGAAAGGAGGAGAAUGAUAAAGGAGAAAAGCAAACAAGCUCUUUUGGCCGCACAAAAACCAUUUAGAUUUAUUGCCAGGGAGGAACAGAAGCAAGCAGUCCGAGAAAAGCAGCUAAGAGACUUUGUGAAGUCUAAAAAAGCAAAGCGAUUUAAAGCCAGGCCUCUACCUCAGUCUAUUUAUGGGUCACCUACCAGUGACAGGUUAAAAGAAGAAGAGCUUUUGAAAAAGAUUAGGAUGCAGAGGGGAGCCCAAGAACUCUCUGAGAAUUCAUUCCGUUUUCCUUGCCGGCCAGCCUGUAGACAUUUUAGGAACCCCAAACCUAAAGAUCUUGAACAGACUGGAAAGUUAAGAUGUAAAAAGAAGGGUUGGUGCCGGAAACCAGAUGAUGAGGAAAGUCCUGAGAUAUAUAAGAGGCACUUCUCAGAACUCAACUGUCCAACUCGCUCAACCAUCUGUAAACAGUUUGGUCUUCAUGAAACCUCAAGUGAAUCUGGUAAAAGACAGAAAAUUCUGGCAGACAUUAGAGCUGAUGAAGAAAAUUUGAGAGAAACACGUUGGCCCUUUUUGUCUCCAAGGCGUAAGUUAGCAGUAAGAAGUGCCAGUUGCAAGCCCAGACCUUGUAGAGGCACCCCUCCAAGGCCCACCGUUUCUUCCAGAGGACGCGAACAAGCCGUAAGGAGAUCACUUGAGGAAAAGAAAAUGUUGGAAGAAGAAAGAAAUCGGAUUCUAACUAAACAGAAGCAAAGAAUGAAUGAAUUGCAGAAACUCCUGACAACACGGGUUAAGGCUUAUGACUCCCAUCAAAGUUUAGCUCAAGUGUCCAAAGCAAGAGUAAAAUAUCUCAGAAAGAAUGAAAAAGCAUGGAUGAAAGAAUACCAACAACAGCUAGAAGAAAAAGAAGAAAAAUUAAAAAAGAGGCCAUUUCUGUUUGAAAGAGUUGCUCAGAAAAAUGCAAGGAUGUCAGCAGAAAAGCAUUAUUCUAACACCCUAAAAGCACUAGGAAUAUCUGAUGAGUUUGUUUCAAAGAAAGGCCAAAGUGGAAAAAUAUUUGAGUACUUCAUCAAGCAAGAGAUGAACAGUUUCACUGCAAAUAAAGAAAGCUUUAAUGAAGAAGAAAAAACAGAAGAGAGAGAGUGUGAAGAAGAAAACUAUAUUAUUGAUUACAGCAGCCAGGAUUCUUUCAAGGAAAAAGAUGAAGAGGUUGAAGAAAGUGAAGUAUGUUAACGAGUUAACACUCAAUCAGCAAGGCUUCCUCACUAGGACUUUCUGUUUGCAGCAUUAGGAUGUCAACAGUUGUAUUGUACCAAGAACAUCUGUGGGAAUACCUCAUACAUGCUGGGCUGUUGAACAGAGACAUCAUAGCUAAAAAAAAUUGAAUCCAAGCUGGGUGUGGUGGCGCACGCCUUUAAUCCCAGCUCUUGGGAGGCAGAGGUAAGAGGAUCACCAUGAGUUCGAGGCCACCCUGAGACUAAACAGUGAAUAUCAGGUCAGCUUGGGCUCGAAUGAGACCCUACCUCAAAAGAAAAAAAAAAAUUGAAUCCAGCUACUUGCUGAUUUGGUUAGAGAAAGGCUUUGCCUAUUGCAUUUUUUUAAGUAGUUAUUUAUGUGUGUUUGUAACUAUGAUUUUUUUAUUUUUAAAAGUAUUUGAAAGUUUGAGAAUCACAGCUAUCACAAACUGACUAGUCUUUAAAAUAUAUAUUAUACUUGGUGUCAUAAAGAAUUUGGCAUUGAAAGCAGAAAGAAGUAUUGGCCUUUGGUGAUUUAUUUUUACAUUUGCUAGGUAUUUUGUUUCUGAGCUGUUUUUAAUGAGUAACAUACUAUAGAAAGAAAAGGUACUUGGGAUUUUACAUUCAUUUCUGCAAUGAGAUCAUACAGUUAAAUUAUCUACACCAUCAAGACUUUUUUUAAAAUUUUUUUGUUUAUUUUUAUUUAUUUAUUUGAGAGUGACAGAGAGAGAGAGAAAGAGGCAGAGAGAGAGAGAAUGGGCACGCCAGGGCCUCCAGCCACUGCAAACGAAC